AUGGAGAAGUUCGGAAAACAAAUACAGAAGCGCCAGCUUGAGGUACCAGAAUAUGCUGCCAGCUUCGUCAAUUACAAGGCUUUGAAGAAGCUCAUCAAGCGACUAUCUGCCACUCCGGUGCUCAGCGCGCAGAAUGAUCCCAACCAGCCCAUAGACUCGCAGGCUGCCCUGCAAGCCAACAAGGCAAAAUUCUUCUUUCAAUUAGAACGAGAACUCGAAAAAGUGAAUGCUUUCUACAUGCAAAAGGAAGCCGAGCUCAAAAUCCGGCUCAAGACUCUGUUGGACAAGAAAAAGGUGCUUCAGUCGCGCCAAGGUGUUUCCAGACGAUCCGCCAAGUUUACAACUCUUCAAGAAGGCUUCCAACAAUUUGCAAACGACCUCAACAAGCUCCAGCAGUUUGUCGAGAUCAACGGAACUGCCUUCUCCAAGAUAUUGAAGAAAUGGGACAAGACUUCGAAAUCUAAGACAAAAGAGUUGUAUCUUUCACGUGCUGUGGAAGUACAGCCAUUCUUUAAUGCCACAGUCAUCAGCGAAUUGUCUGACCAGGCCACUACCAGUUUGCAGGAGUUGGGAGCCUGGUCAGAAGGUGAUAAUGUCAACUUUGAAGUCCGCCAGGAACAUACUGUUAGCAGCCAACAUCUCCUGGGUACUGAUGAGGGAGACGCAGACUCCCUGCUGCUCGACACGGCCAUCUCUGGCAACCUGGAAUCUUUGCGGGACCUUCUGACACGAAUGAGGGCAGCUACAAAUUCCUCGGCAAGUAUGGAGUCUUCACUCAUGGAGAGAAUCACAAGGACCUUCCUGGCUGCCAUUCACGAGGCGCCGCAAGCUUCUCUGGAGGUCCUGCUGGCCACAGGGCUCGUCGAUGUUCAAUCUGAGGAUGAUAUCAACGAGCGGAACUGCCUACACCAGGCCACAAUCUAUGGAAACACGUUUGUGCUUGGAGUUGGUCUUUCGAAAGGCGUCGCAGUCAACAGAACCGAUGUCUAUGGUAGAGUCCCGUUGCAUUACGCUAGCAUGCAUGGCCGUUUAGACAUGCUCGAUGCCCUUCUGCAAGCGGAUGUUUCGACCGUUGAUCUGAUUGAUCAUGAUAACUUCACUCCCCUGAUUCAUGCAAUCAUUCAUGGGCAUCUUGCUUGUGUAGAGCGUCUCCUGGCAGCAACCACGCGACUAGACCCGCAGUCAGAGACGGAUCACGUUCCAUUAAAUUUGGCCUGCGAGCAUGGCUCUCUCGCCAUUGUAGAGCUUCUUUUGCGCAAUGGAGCAAAGAUCUUGCCCGAUGCAGAAGGGCUUUAUCCACAGCAUCUUGUCGCUCGCUCUGGCCAGACACCCCAGCUCCUUCGUCUGCUCAAGGAUUUUGGGGCUGAUCUGGACCAGAUUGACAAGCUUUACGGCUGGACACCUCUAGUGCAUGCUGCCAGCGAAGGUAAUGUGCCUUGCCUACGAGAGCUUCUUACUGUUGGGGCCAAUCCCAAUAUUCUAGACGAGAAGGACCUGCCAGCAAUGUACUAUGCAGCCUGGGAAGGACAUCUUGAAUGCAUGAAGCUUCUCACGCCUUACCAGAGAGGCAAAACCACCAGUCCUCGCGGCCUGCAGGCGACCGCUCCUUCAUUGGGACCAAUGGGCAGCGGGACUGGUCCUAUACCUAUGGCCCUUGAUGCUCUGGACCCCGAUGCUAUCCCUGUUCUUGAACUGCCCCCUCCCAUCAUUCCUCUCCGAAGGUAUGGACACAACUUCCUUGAUACCAAGACAGUCGUGCAGAUCAGCUUCGACGAACAAGGGGAGCAGCCUCUUGUGUUCUUCCACGAUAGCAAGUACCCUGCAGCACGACUUACCAUAUCGUCAAAGCUCUCCGACCUCAUUCCAAAGAAUAUUAUAUUGCCGUUCCAAGAAGAUACGCGGCUUGUGUCGUUCCAAGUCGAAGACUUGGACACCUUCUCCCUCGACUUUGACGUAUUCCCAGCGUAUGGUGCCAAGGUUAUUGCCAAGACAGUGGCACUACCAAAUACCUUUCGGGCACUGCUGCAAAGCUCAGGACGAUGCUGUCUUCCGCUUUUCGAUCCCAGGCUGCGGGCCAUUGGCCAGAUAACCUUCAAUACGCAAGUCAUCAAGCCUUUCCAGGGCGUUCCACUUGAAAUUACAGAUUUUGAAACAUACUGGAAAGCGACAAGUCAGCUGGAAUCGCAUCAGAGUAUGUUUGUUACUGGAUCGAGUCUUUCUGGCGAUUUUGUUCAGUUGUUCGUGCAGUCUACCAGUGAUGGUGUACCUGUACUGUGGCCGCAAUGGCGGAUCAACUGUGGCGGCGUGGAUAUACCCGUCUCCCGCCUGUCUCUGGAACAGUUCAGUGCCGUGACAUCGCAAAGCCCAGCACGAGCUUAUCUAGCCGAAUUGCAUUCUCAGCCACAAGAAAAUAUUGCAGAUGUCCACCGAGUCUUGGCAACCGCCGGUAUUCCACUGCAGCAAGCCCUUGCCAUCCUGCCCGCCACUAUGCACGUCAACCUUCAGAUCAUAUACCCUUCUGAAGAUGAGGAACGUGUUCUUGGAUUGGGUCCUACCGUGGAUAUCAACAUAUUCGUGGAUGCAGUCUUGAGUGUCGUAUUCGACCAUGCUCGAGCACAGAGACAAUCUAUCAAGGCGCCCGACGUCGUUCGAUCUGUGGUAUUCAGCAGUUACAACUCGACACUGUGUACCACUCUCAACUGGAAGCAGCCCAACUUUCCAGUCUUUCUUUGCAACGACUUGGGCAGAGAUGACGUUCCUGCCAAAACUCAGAACGGGGUUAUUCAGAAUGGCGGACGUAGGACAAGCAGUAUCAAAGAAGUGGUCCGCAUUGCGCAGAGUAAUAACUUCAUGGGACUAAUUUGCAGUUCGAGACUUUUGGACAUGGUUCCAGCGCUUGUGGAUGCAAUCAAAUCUCAGGGUCUGGCAUUGGUCAUUGACAAGUCGACAGAGCCACCAACAGAAUCGCAACCGUUUGGUGAUCCGUUCCCACGUAUGCCCCAGGGCAUUGACGGUGUCGUAAAGGGCAAUGGCGUUCUGCGGUUCAACGAGUCGAUAGACGUGUAG